AAUUUUGAGGGGUGAUUCUGUAUACUAAAAAAAGACGAAAGUGAAGAGUGAUGAAGCCUCAAACGUAAAUUUAUCAUUCUUUAUUUUCGUUUUAUUUUUGCAUGUAGAAUUGUCCGUUAAAGUUUCAAACUUGAGAUACAACUCUUUCCAGGACUGAUCUUUCUAUCUCCUCGUAAUACUGCCCCCGAGGAAGCAAGUAAAAACAAAAGGAGUUCACAAUGACUCGUACAGAUUUUUGCGGAGUAAUUCGCGGGACUGGUAUCCGUAACUGUGUUCUUAGGAUUUACCUUGAAGCGCUCAAGGACACGUUCGCGCACGUUCGUUGAUUUUCGAAGACGUAUUUUGAAAGAAACUCGAGCUCCUUAUCAACCAGAGGUGAUCAAUAUUUUAUUCUGAAAAUAUAUCCGACCUGACAGGUAUUCAGUUCAAUAUGAUACAAUUUUAUUUUUAUCUUUAUUUAAUAAAUAGAGAUAAAACAUAUAUACAGGCACUCUAUUAAAUAAGGUUAAAGGCAAGGCUCAACUAACAAGGCUGUUCUACAUCUUAACUAAAUUUGAUUUUUUAUCGAACAUGUAACAGAGCAAAAGUAGUUAAUGUUUUACUCGUUAUUCGAAACAUUUUAUCUAGAUUAAAAUUCUGAUUAUCUCUGGUUACGAUGGGGGCGAUUUUAGGGUCGCCGUUGAAGCACAAGUUACUUAAUCCACGUUGUAAUAUAAGAACUAAUAUGCGUAGAACCAGAUGCCGAGAGAAUAUUUCAUAGAGCGAGUUUGUAGGCGAUUUUGUAACGAUUUCGUACAUUUCAUAUCGUUCCAAGUACCGGCUGUUUCGACGCGCUUAGGUGAAUUUGGAGUGCUGCUGCGUUACGAGUCUAGCGUUGACAAAGUUCUAGGAUAAUUGUUGUACCGCAGACCGUAGUCGAAUUUGUUCAAAAACUGGGAUUGCAUUCGUGAUUUACAGGAUUAUUUUGUUGCAAGUACGUUAAAAGAUUCAAAACAUUGUUCAAAAUUGAUUUCAAGUAAAAAUACGAUAGAGCUACUUGAAAUAAUAUUUGUUUCUUCUGUUGUUUGUUCUUUUAAUUUGGAAAUUAACAAUGUGAUUGUUCGCGAUAUUUAUUCGCUCAUCUAUGAAUUUUACUGUCUUUUUUUUUUCAAUUGUGAUUGUCUUAUCGAACUUGUUGGACACUGUGUAUUUAUGAUUUAUAUAAAUGGACGAUAGAUGUGCAAACUAUUAAUAAAAUAUAUUUCUUAUACUACUUUCUAUCUUUCUUUAAAUCAUUAUAUCGAAUCAGAAUAUUUCUAAUUUUAUCUUGGAUAAAAUUUAUAAAUGCUUACAAAAUACAUUUCAUUUAUUCAUUGUUUAAUUCAGUUUCUGUCAUCAAAAACAAAAAUUGAGCUUGGCUGCACAUUCAAGCUACGAAUAUUCAACUAAACAUUGAACAUUACAUACAUCACAAUGUAUUAGUUAACAACAAAUUUUAAAGCAAAAUAACAAUAGAAUUUUCGAUCUAAUUUCUGUGAAGAACGAAGCAAUCCCGUGAAGAUCGAAUUGGUACGAGAUUCAGAGGGUCUCGCACUAAUUAUUUAUACGUAUAUAUGGAAUAUACAUACAACAAUAGCCUGGCCUCGAUAGAGUGAUUGUUAAACAUAUACAAUUCGAUGUUUGUAUCAGUAGACGUAACACGAAAGUCAUCGUAACGCCGUGAAAAAUAUUUGUGUAAUCGUCGAUCGAUUAGGGACGUCGAUCCUAGGGAUUAGCGCCAUUUUGUAGCAAAAGAACGCUGCUCAGACGACACCAAUUUUUAUGGUAAGCAAACAACGGAGAACAAACAUUAGAAGGUCGUAUUUUUUUAACCAAUUAGAGGAUAAAUAUCGAACAACAAACAAGAAUAUCCGGGAAGACUGAUAGUUGAUGAUAAAUUAACUGGGGUAGUCAUUUUUUUAACGCAAACCAUUCUCUAGCGCUUAUCAACCCUCCAACGAAUUCAAUUUUGAAUCUUUCAACAGAGGAUCACAGAAUCUACAAUUUGUAGAAAUUAUUUCAAUUUAAAGAUCUAAACAUUUACGAAAAAAUUCACGCUCUUGUCUUUAAUUAUUCCGAGCUUAAAGAAAAUCCAAAAAAUUUCAAAUUUAGGUAAAGCAUGAUGUUUUAAUACUUCGAUCACUUUAACGCGCUUCUGCACAGUGCGAUAAUCUUUGAAUCAUACUGACUGAGAACAAGUUAGAGGGUUAGCAGACCUAUUUCGUUUCGUUCAAAAUUUUAGCUCAAUAUCGACAUUUAUUUGUCUCAAUCGAAGUUAACUAAUUUGUCAAUCACGCGACACACGCACAAAUGGUCCACGUUUAUCCUCCGAAAAAAAUGUCAACGAGCCAAUUGUCACGGUAUGCACUGUAAAUACAAGUAAUAGAACGCACCCGUUUGUAUACUUGUACCCUAGUUGAUACACGAUCAUUGAAUUGCAACGAUGGGACGCGAUUGGGUAUAUUUUUUAUCGUCGAGAGUUUUUUAAUAAACGACAGUUCACUAUUUUCUGCUCUACAUUUAUUUCCACCCUGUCUAAUCAAUCUAAUCGAUCACGAAUUUGCUAACUUCACGCAUAAUUUCAAAACAUGUUGGACAUUCGUAAUUUUAAUUUAAAGAAUACGACACGAAGAACAGAAAGAUAAAAGCAUACUUCAAGGUACCAAGAAGAGUUCUUAUUAUACUACCAAAACUAUAAUACCUUCAAGUUUCUUGUAACGAUUUCAAUUUUUAAGUUUGGUUUCCACGAAUCAUUGAAUCAAGGUUAAAGAACCAAGGAAAUUUGAAUCAUGAAAGAACACGUGUGUGGAUUACCUAAGAAUCGGGAAGAUUUUCACCACCUCGACUCCAAGAUAAGCAUAAAGGAUCACACGUUUAAUAGAGUGUUGACGAAUCUGUUCAAGAUCAGUGAAAACUCGCCAAGAUCGAAAAUAUUCUUAGACAGCCUGGCUGCCGUGUCCGUUGAGAGCAGGAGGCACGCUGCUCUCAAAUACUCGUGGAUCAUUCACCCCUUUAGUCUCUUUAGAUUCUCCUGGGAUCUGUUCAUGGCUGCGAUAUACUUGAUCUCCUUCAUAUCGAUCCCCUUCAUGGUCUGCUUCAUCGUCAUGUGCCACGACCGCGUCCGUUUGGACAAAUACAAUUUAUUUAUUUACACGUUCUGCUGGUUGGACAUAGUUUGCAACUGUAUCACUGGGUACUACGAUGAGAAGCACAGAAGCGUUGAAAUGCAACUAUCAAAGAUCUUAAAACACUACCUGCGAACCUUCCUGAUAGCGGAUAUCCUUUCUUCCCUGCCAUGGGACCACAUAACACUCCCAUGGCGAAGGAAACCUGGGAAGGAAUCGAGUUACGUCGUCGUCCUGAUCAAUCUUCUGCCUCUUCUGAAGCUGACACGUUACAUCUAUGUCAACUACAGAAUUUUCGAAUUAUUUACGGUGAAAACGCAUUUUGAAAUUGUCGAUCAAUCUUCAUUGGACUCUCGUCGCUUCAGUUUUCAAUCCAUCGACAAAGUAUUUCAUAAAACUUAUAACAUUUCAGUACCUCGAGAUAAUACAUUUCUACUACCAAAUGUUAACCACUCUCAUGUUGGGUUUCUUCCUAAUGUUCUGGUCUUCGUGUCUGUGCUACUUGAUACCAGUCUUGAUCCUCCAUUUUCAAAAUUCCUCGCCAGAGGUAAGCGAUCGAUAAAUAACGUAUCAUCUGUUUUGAGCCAUACUGAUGUUAAUAAUGAUAUUCUUUAUUUACAGGAAUGCGUAGAAUGUUGGAUGACAGGAUUAGAUAGCAACAGUAUACCGUUUAGGUUCCAGCACUCGCUUUUCAUAGUAAUCGAAAAGCUAUCAGCCAGUGGUUAUGGCUUGUACGUGCCAAGAACAGAUGGACACCUUCUGCUGAGCAGCACUCUUAUGGUGAUGGGCAGAGUACUCGAGUGUUUCAUCAUAGUGAUGAUCAUUCAGAUAAAAGCAGGAACAAAGGCGUCUACAUCAAAAUUUCAAGAGAUCAUGAACCAACUGAAAGCUUACACGAGGCAGAAGCAACUGCCACUGCACAUGAAGAAUCGACUCCUCGCUUAUUACCAAUAUCGUUUCAGGAAUAGCUACUUCCGCGAGAAGUGGCUCCUGUCGAACCUAUCAGAGGCACUGCGUCAGGAAAUCGCGCUCCAGUCGAGUCAUCGUUUGGUCGAAAACGUGGCCAUUUUUAAGAACCUACCAAAGCACAUUCUGCGAAUGAUUGUGAAGAAUCUGAAGUUCGAGCUGUACCUGCCUAACGACGUGAUCGUGAAAGCUGGGGCACAGGGUGACUGCAUGUUCUUCCUGUCUGCUGGUACUGUCGCUGUUUUGACGCCCACUGGAAAGGAGAUUUGUCACUUGGAAGAUGGCGCCCAUUUCGGCGAGGUGGCCCUGUUGGUCCCCGAUCAGAGAAGAGUGGCGAGCGUAAUCGCGAUCGAGGUGUGCGAGGUGUACCGUCUGGAUCGCAGAGAUUUUCGAAAAUGCAUCGCUGUGCACACCGAACUCUUUGCAAACAUCGAGAGUAUCGCGACGGACAGAAUCGAGAGGGCUGUACUCAUCGAGGAGCAACAUAAACGUCACCUCAUGCGUGACUCCUUUCACGACGAUGGAAUGCUCUAAUUCUUGGAAUAGGAUACUGAAAAUAAUUCAUGAGUUACUAUCGUUAUUAAUUCAUUGAUGUAAUUCAUUAAUUCAAUCAUAUUUUCUCAGUGUAAUAUGAUAAAAAUAAAGUUAGAAGAAUAAUUUACUAGGUUUAAAUCAUAUUAGGUCUUCUUCAUCUUCGAAUUAUUAACUCUCGCGAGUUUCGUCAGAAUUAAAAAGUCAAUAAACAUAGUGGAUGCUAUCUGUAGUACCUUCCUGACCAAAGAAUAAUAAUGCUGAUCGUUCAACCAUAUAUUUAAGGAUCUUAUAUAUUAUUAUUGUCCAUACAUUGUUUGUAUAGUGACAUUCCUUUAUGUCUACCUUUAUUUUAUAAUUAUAUAUAUAUAUUAUAUUAUAUUAAUCGUUACCUAAGAUACUUACAAGUUACAAAUACACUCACUAAAAUCUUUAGCACUGUUGCGAUGAACUAUGCACGUAUAGAUAAUACACUGGAGACACGAAUAAGUGAUUAAUUUAUUUUCCAUUCUCUUUUUUUUUUUUUUUUUGGCAAUUCUCUUUCUCGCGAAACGCUUGAACCUUUGUCGGUGUCCGUAGCGAUGAUCGUGAACAUUUACUCCUGGAAGACCCGUCUGGGAAUUUAUCUAGGGACCCUAGAGGAGGCGGUGUCGAACUAUCGUCCAAAAAUACAAAAGGCUACGAAAAGCAUCAGGGGAAAAGUUGUCAAUUGUACGCGAGGUGUGUUCCACAUUCUUAUCGAGUCUUACCCUACGGGAAUCGAAGAAAACUGAACAUUUCACAAUUCCUACUUACUAUGCCUAUGCCGAGCAACAAUCCACGAUUUUCUAAAUAUUCGAAUAAAAAAGCAGUGACACAUAGAAUUUAAAUUAUAUUUUAAUUGUGAUUGAUUGAGGCCUGUGCUUCCUGAACUGAGAUUGAAAACUAAAGGUUAGGCUAAGCAUUCUACGCUACUUACUAUAGUUUCAAAUUUCAAGCUUCAAUUCUCAAAAGUAGGAACAGAUAAAUUUCCUCUUCCCAAUAAAUCUCUUUAACUUUCUACUUUGCUCUUUAACGUUAAAAAAUAACGCAGCAAUCAGUCGUGCAUCAUUCAAACCAAUGCCUCCACAUGUGUAAAAGUAAUCUACUCUACACCACUCUAUCUAUUUAUCAUAUUAUAUAUUGAAAGUUGUAUGUACAACUAUCUCACUAUCAAAGGUUACAAGAGCCUGCCUCCAUAUUCUCAGAAAAUGAAUUUACAGUACUUAGACAGCUGCUUAAAUUACCAUUGCUUUAAAAGUCUAUCUAUACGAUGUUUUAAAACGAACUUUCCUUGCAAACACAACGGAUUCCCGGAAGGUGACGACUAAAACUAACGAACGAACGGUCACGAUCGCUUCUACGGACAAUGGAGUCCCUACGAGGAGGUUUCGGUGCCCCGAUAUAAGAUAUGUCGUUAACAAUUAGUACGUAAUAGUGAGAAUUAUAUACAUCUCUAAUGUAAUAGUAAGUGGAUGCAGGGCAUUGUACAGACUUAAAUCACACGGUAUAGAAAUAUAAAUUAUUUACUAUAGAAUAGAGAGAGUCUACUGAAAUGAUGUUUCGUUUUGUUUUCUUUUACCGCGUACCAUUCGUUCCCUUAAAAAUCAACAUCGUCCAACGAUAAACGACGAUACUUGUUCCUCUACGCCUGAUAUGCGAUCAAUAGGAUAUCUAAACUAUGUAAACUAUUUAUACAUUUACUAGAUAGUCGUGUCGCUACGUUUUACAACAUAUCCGUUACAAUCGAGUAAAUAAUCUAAUUUGGUCAGAUCUAGAGGAGUACGGAGGAGAAGAGUACUCAAUAUCUUUCAGUAUACUUUUUCCGCACGAUUCCCCCGAGCCUAAGCGAAGAAAUCAUAACACGAACAGGUUACACGUUUCAAUUUCUUCGUUGAUAUGCAUCAUCGUUUUUUUAAUUUUUUCCGCGAUUGUCUCGGUUCUCGACUGCUUCUAAAUUAUCUACGAUUAAAACAGUGCGACGCGUUUGAAUGUACAUGGAUAAGAAUGGCGGGAAAAUUAUAUUUCGGAGGAAUUCGAGUUUUAGGGGAUGUUGGAGGAUAAAUCGGAGGAAUCCGUCAGUUUAGCCUCGAGAUAGUUUAAGUUCAAAAUGUCGCUACGAUUUUUCGUGAACAUCAGAUCGUUCGUUUUAUACUACGCUUGUAUUUACACUAAACAGUAUCUGUAUGUAAAUUUAUAUUUAGCACUCUUUCCCCGACACUUUCGAAGGGCGUCUAAUAAGGCACUGUCAUUUACUGUGACUGAAAACGAUAAGAUGAACGAAGAGUAGUCCUUCCCUACGGUUCCGUGGAUUCUUUCGUGUUUAACUUACGCUUAUGAUAUAUUAUUAAAUGCUUUUGGUACCUUUCCCUUCGGAAUCCUGAUACGCUACGAGCUACUGAUAUUUCUGCGACGCCUGGAGGUUGGGGUACACAGGUCCGCCAUUUUUUUAAUUAACACCUUGGAUAUUGUAAAAUAACAGGCAGACCAACAUAGAUAGUUAAAUACUCAACAACAAAUGGGAAUAAAAUUUAAAUGUAGAGUUUUCUGCUUCGAAUACACAGUUCGACAACGGUGCAUUGUUCACCAUGCAUUGAAGUCACUCGAGUAUGCAUUGAUAUGAACUUUCCAAAUUUAUAAAUUCGACGCAAACGCUUAAAGAUUCACGGACUCCUAAACUGAAAAACUUUCUUCUUAGAAUUGAAACCAAGAGCUUACAAUUUUCUAAAUUUAAAAUAAGUUCCGAGUCUCUCGAAGGUCUUUGACUGAACCUGUGUCCUCAUCCCCUGGGCGUCGUGGUUUCACGAUAGAUGAUACAGUAUACAUAGUAACAGUACGUAGUUAACAUUACGAUUAAAAUGUUCAGGAACAAAUAUAUAAAUGCAACACGUUAAUAUGCGCAUAUGACGCGGUAUCAGCGCUACGAGAACUGAUCGUACGGCAUCGAGAACGCAACUGCACGCGUUCGGUGCAGCGCCGGCGAACAAUCGUGCAAAGAUGCAACCGAAGUCGAUAUAGUCGAAGUAGAGUAUUUUUCGCGAACAAAGCCAGAAUUAGCGGCGACGUUGCACCUUUGCGAUUCACGUCGUUUGAUCGCGAUCGAGAACUAUUUGGCGACGGUACAUGCUAUGGCAAUACAUCCGAGUAUCGAUAAGGAAUAAGUGAUAACAGUAUCAUAGAGUAUAUAAAUGGCAUAUUGCGUAACAAACUAUUUAUAUUGUACAACGUAACGUGCGUAUAUGCUUCAUACAAAUAGGUACAAGUUUACUCCUCCCUGUCGCUCGUUCUUCUCCGUUUAAUCGCGCGACGCGAUGUACUCGGUUAGGAUCGCUGAACGAUCGAGAGCUACUACCUUAGCAUUCGUGCAGAAUCUGGCCUGUUUUGCAAAGCUACGCAGUCGCUCGCAUCGCGAUCCACGAGAAAAAAUUGGUCGCGUUGUCGAGUAGGCCGCUGAUUAUGCACCGACGCCUGCGCUCUCAGAACUUCCAUAAAUGUCUAAUGUAAACGUUCGAAACUCUCCACGUGGAUUGCUGUUACGAAAGUAGAAAUGAGAGUACAAGUUUGGAUGGGGAUGCUAAGAUUAGGCGAAGGAUCGGGUCACAGUUAAAAAUUUGUGUCCUGUGAUUUGGGGUUCGGAGAACGCAGGUGCUGAUGACGGACAGCAAAACGGUCAACGUUGAUGGUUAGGUCAUUUCGUGAGUCUAUGCGUACUUAUGAUAACUGAAGACACUACUGUUUGUACCUUAUAAAAAUCUUUGCCUUUUCGUAUUGAAAUAUAAUCGAAACAUAGUACUCAGAACUUUCAGACA